GUGUGAACAGUCUGCCUGGUAACAGCUGAUCAGCAGGUCAUGUGAUCAGCUCCUCUGGUUUUUAGAGCAGCUCUCAGUCAGACUGUGUCAGUGUUUGUCAAGAGAACAGAGCAACAUGGCUUCAUCCUUUCUGAGCUUCUCCCUCCUCUUCAUCACUGUCUACACAGCAGAUGGAUUUAUGUGUUAUCAGACGGCUCGCUGUGAGUUUAACUCCACUGAGCUGAAGGACAUCCGGCUCAUCUUCUCUUAUUACUACAACAAGUUGGAGCUCGCCAGGUUUGACAGCAGUGUGGAGAAGUUUGUUGGAUACACUGAGUUUGGUGUGAAGAACGCAGACUACUGGAACAACGGUCCAGAUCUGGCUGACAUGAAAGCUGCGAGGGGGACGUACUGCCACAACAACAUUGGGAACUGGUACAACAAUGUUCUGACUAAAUCAGUGAAGCCCUACGUGGUCCUGGACUCUGAGGUUCCCUCUUCUGGUAACCAUCCCUCCAUGUUGGUCUGCAGCGUCUACGACUUCUACCCCAAACAGAUCAGAGUCACAUGGCUCAGAGACGGACAGGAAGUCUCCUCUGAUGUCACUUCCACCGAUGAACUGCCAGACGGUGAUUGGUACUACCAGAUCCACUCCCGCCUGGAGUACACGCCCAGGUCUGGAGAGAAGAUCUCCUGUAUGGUGGAACACGCCAGCCUGCAAGAACCUCUGGUUACUGACUGGGAUCCGUCCCUGCCUGAGUCAGAGAGAAACAAGAUCGCCAUCGGAACGUCAGGACUGAUCCUGGGUCUGAUCUUAUCUCUGGCUGGAUUCAUCUACUACAAGAGGAAGUCCCAAGGACGCAUUCUGGUCCCCUCUAACUGAUCCUGUUCCUGUUCCUGUUCCUGGUCCUGGUCCUGGUCCUACUCCUGGUCCUACUCCUGGUCCUGGUCCUG